AUGUCGUCGGACUCGACGCUGUCGCUAGAGCCCCUGGUGAUGCUGCCCCCCGACGGCGGAUACGGCUGGGUGGUCGUGGUCACCUGCUUCCUCAUGAACCUCUUCACGGACGGGGCCAUCUACACGUUCGGCUUCUACCAGAAGAACAUGCAGGAUGACUUCGACAAGGACUCCGCCGCGGUGGCCUUGCUGGCGUCCCUGUGCUCGGGGUUCUACUACGUCGCGGCCCCUGUGUGGAGUGCGGUGGGCAACCGCUGGGGCUUCCGCACUGUGAGUGUGGUGGGCGCGCUCGCGUCGGGCGGCGCCCUGCUGGCGUGCUUCUUCAUCACGCAGUACGCCGUCUUCAUCCUCGUCUACGGCAUCGUCCUGGGCGCGGCCAGUGGCGGCGUCUACGUGGCCACCAUGAUCUCGGUGGGCUUCUACUUCGAGCGGUGGCGCGGGGUGGCCACGUCGCUGACGUCGUGCGGCAGCGGCGUCGGCAUCCUGGUCAUGCCGCUGUGCUACAAGGCCAUGAGCAGCUACGAGGGCUACACGUGGCGCUGGAUCCUGGCCUUCAACGCGUCCGUGUUCGGCGUGGUGGUGCUGCUGUCGCUGCUGCUGAAGCCCCUGCAGCCCGUCGCCAUGCUGUGUCCGCACGCCGUGACCAGCACACUGGCGGCGCUGCUGCACCACUCCAUCCUCACCAACAGCGUCUUCAUCGUGUUCGCCUUCACGCAGGUGUUCGUCAUGAUGGGCUACUUCACGCCGUAUCUGUUUUCUCAAGAUCAAGCUGUCAAAUCGGGAGUAGAUCCGAGUGUGGCUGAGUGGAUACUGCCCACCCUUGGCGUGGCGAAUGCGGUGGGGCGAGCACUGUCUGGAGUUAUGUGUGAAGUGCCUGGAGUCUCCGCUCUAGUGUUGUCCUGCAUUACAAUGAGUAUUGCUGGCAUUAUGGUGGCAAUUACUUGCUUAUGUGCCAGUCCAAUUUAUCAAAUGUUCAUGGCAUCAGCCUAUGGAUUUUUCAUAGCACCAUUUAUGGCAAUGAAGAGCUUAAUAUUGGUUGACUUCCUUGGAAUUGAACGAUUGACAAACUCCUUUGGGCUGCUUCUCAUGUUCCAAGGAUUUGCUGUUAUGAUAGGGCCUCCGUUGAGUGGUUGGAUUCACGAUAUCACACAAUCAUAUCAUUACGUUUAUUUAAUAUCUGGCUCAUUACUGUUCAUCGCUUCAUUAUUGCCAUACCUUAUGUACCCACUGUCAAACUAUGAGCAAAGGAAAGAAAUCAAACAAGCAUCACGAAGAAGUUCUUGAAUAAAACAUUUAAUGGAUCUACAAAGAAACUAAUCAACAGAAUAAGAAAUUGACACAGAC